AUGUUUGCAUUGGCAGAGUUAAAGGAUACCAUACGCAUAGCACCGGAACAAUUUAAUUUGAAAUUGGUGGAGGCCAUUAGAGAUGAAAUUAAUCGGAAGCUAGCCAAUAAGGUUUUACUUAAUGUCGGCCUGUGUAUAGCCCUUAAGGACAUCGUUUCCCUCAAAGACUCCAUAAUAUUACCCGGUGAUGGUGCCUCUCACACCGAAGUUAUAUUCCGCUAUAUUGUUUUUCGCCCGGCCAUCAGUAACAUCUUGACAGGGAAAAUACGUAAUUGUAGCCAUGAGGGUGUCCACGUGACGCUGGGCUUUUUCGAUGAUAUUUUAAUACCACCAACGGCGCUGCAACAUCCUUCACGUUUUGAUGAGACGGAACAGGCAUGGGUAUGGGAAUACCCAUUGGAAGAUGGUGGUAAACAUGAUUUGUUUAUGGAUGUAGGGGAACCAAUUAAAUUUCGUGUUUCUCGAGAAAUUUUCGAAGAAAGUUCACCAAUUGGACCGCCCUCGAGUGAUGCCAUGAAACCGGGAACAUCGGCGGCAGCAAACACAUCAACUGCUGGUCAGGGUGGGGGUGGUGUAAAUGAAUCGAAGACACCGUAUAGAAUAAUUGCCGCCAUAAAUGAAUCUGGUUUGGGUGUCUUAUCCUGGUGGGACCAACAGCAACAGGAGGAGGAUGAUGGCGGCGAUGAAGAGGGCGACGAAGAUAAUAAUGACUAUGAAAAUGACGAAAAUGGUGAUGGUGCCUAUGAGGAAUAGUUUUGUAAUGUAAAUAAAAA